ACACCGCCAUUCACGUGGAAAACGUUUCUUCUUCUCCCAGUUCAGUCCAACAACAAUGGCGACAGCAACAAACCAAGAAACCGGCAAGCUGCAGUUCUUCCUGGACGUCCCCUUCCCGUCGUCUCGUGAGGCCACCGUGGCCCUGAGGUCCCUGUCCCCGGACCGGGAGCCGAGGAGAGGCGGCAUCAGCAAGCAGCUGAGCGUGUCUGGCAGCACGCUGUCUGUGAGGUGGAGCGCAGAUGAAGCUCGGAUCCUCAGAGUAUCCGUCAACUCCUUCCUCGACCACCUGUCGCUCGUUGUGGAGACCAUGGAACUGUUCGGCCCUCCUGUUGACCUUUGACACACGGCUCUGGAACGGAUAGAUAGAACACAAACACGAGAUGGCGCUGUUGGGAUUUUUUAGACAUGAGGACAGCAAACUGUAUAAUCUGACUCCUGGUUUUUCAAUUUCGACCAUUCACCAGUCUUUCGGGGAGUAUUUAUUUUCAUGUGUCUUUCAACAAGAAAUCGCUGCAGAAACCUGAGGAGAAUAUUUGUCACUUGAAUUAUUUUCUUGUAAAGGUCAGACUUCCUGUGUCGUUGUAUGUUGUCAACAUUGUAAAAAAAAAAAAAAACAUUUUCUAUUCUGUGGAUUCUAAAUAAAAUCUAAAAAUGACUUGUAGAAUGUUGUAAUGAUAACUCUCUUAGGGGAGAUAGGUACUCUGAUGAAAAUGCCUUCACUGCAGAUAAAACUGCAAAAGAGGUGUAAUAAAUCUACCAUUACACUAAUACUUUGACUGAUUCAGUUCCAUCUCUCAAUAACUCCUGGUUAAACAGAGGAACAAAGCAUCAGCAAUGACAUUAAAGAUGGAGAAAGUUC